CAGUACCUGUCUCCAUCUAUUCUCUCUAUACACCCCCUGCUCGCGAGUUCUUGGUAUUUCAAAUACCCAUAUUCCCCCAUCCAUACUCCGGCUCAUCCUCCUGCCUAUUCAGAGGAUCCUGCAUGGGGAGUGGUUAUCCAUAUGGAUGUCGAAAAAAAGAAGAGCGCGCGGCUGUGAAACUACUUAUUUCCUAGAUCUUCCCGCUUCCCUUUUUAUACCCCGUGAUGCGAUUGAGUGGUACUGGGCUUCAUCUUAUUGUUAAUGCACCAUCGUCGUCAUCAUCUCUGCUGUUUCGGUCUUUUUCAGCCACGCAUCGUAUAAGCGGUUGUUUUAUUACCUCUGCUUUUAAUCCUGUUGCUACAUAUACCUCUGCUGCUGCCCACGUCCCACGUCCUUGUCCCUCGCCAAACCCCCCUAAUCUCUCUUCUCCCCUCCACCACUUCGGCAAAUAUACCACCACCCACGUCAGGAUGGCUUCCACUCUGACGCUCCCCAAAUUACCCAUCUUCGAAGCUAUCGCCAGUCAUAACCCACAAUCAACAGCCAUCGUCCAUUGUCUAUCCCGUCGAACCUUCAAGUAUGGCGAACUCCUCCCAGAUGUGAGUCGCGCGCGUGACCGCAUACUCGAAGCGGCAGGAAAAUCGGACAUCCGGGGUGAACGAGUUGCGUUUCUUAUAGAGAACAGUUACGAUUAUGUUGUCACAUACCUCGCUAUCUUAGCAGCGCACGCAAUCGCUUUGCCAUUAUCCCCUCCUUUCCCAGCUCCCGAAUUACAAUACAUCCUAUCGCAAUCCCAAGCCAUACUAUUGUUGCACUCGCCAAAGUAUGCCGCGAAAGUCGACGAAGUCCUAUCUACCCCGAGUAAGGAACUCGACGUCACUCCUUCGCCCACCCCCGUCGAGUUACCGAAGCGUCUCGGUGCAAUUUCGGAAACCUUUGAGCCGGUCACACUCUUAGAAGACGAUGAUGCGGAGGGCGCCGGUAUGAUGCUCUACACGUCCGGCACCACCAACCGACCUAAAGGAGUACUAUUGCCGGAAACCGCCCUUACAGCCCAGGCUCGCGCCCUGAUCGAAGCAUGGAAAUAUGCACCAUCAGACCGACUUCUCCAUGUGCUCCCGUUGCACCACAUCCACGGCACCGUAAACGCCGUGCUCACGCCACUCUUUGCAGGUAGCAGCAUCGAAUUCCUGUUCCCGUUCAAUGCCGACACUGUAUGGCGACGGUUCGCAAGCCCAUUCUUGGAUUCGCCCCAGGUUGCAGCUGCUGUGGCCAAGACGACCGAGAUUCCUGAGCCAGUGAAGACGAACGGCCUUGCGAAUAGCGUCGCCCGCCCAAUCAAAGCGAAUGGCAUCGCUAAGCCCAACGGUAUUACGAACGGACUCCCCCAACCAGUCGUGAAGACAGACGGUUUCAACAAUCCAAUCAUCGAGGCUAACGGAAACAUUACUCCAGUCACAGAAACCAAUGGUACUACCACUCCCUCUCUAGAACUAAGCGGAUUCGGUCAACCUGUCUCGUCGGAGAUCAGCCGUCUCGCCGCCGUCAUCAGCCACCUCGCAGCCGAAGUCAACAACCUAGCCGCUAAGAUUAGCCAACCAAGCCAACCCGUCGCGCUGACGAACGGCCUCAACCAGGCCAUCUCCCAACAAACCACCAACGCGGCUCCCUCCCCGGCCUUAUCGGCGAACGGUUUCGAUACUCCAAUUGCGUCUACGAAUGGUCUCAGCACUCCAAUUGUCGAAACCGCCCCCGUUAAACAACCCGAGCCACCGAAGCCAGCGGUCAAAUCCGAUCCGGUCGACGAAGCAAAGUACAAAAACUUAUCGCGGGUUAAGAUCACAUUCUUUACCGUGGUGCCUACGGUGUACACACGAUUACUUUCAACACACAAGACGCUCCCUGCCAAUGUUGCUGAAGCCGGUCGCAUUGCCAUCAGCCCUGAACACAUGCGCGUAUCCAUCUCUGGAUCGGCAGCGCUCCCCACACCCGUCAAGCGGGCCUGGAAGGACCUCAGCCGCGGGAAUGUGCUACUUGAGCGAUAUGGUAUGACCGAAGUCGGCAUGGCACUGUCAUGCGGUCUCGACUUCGGUGACCGUGUCGAUGGUAGCGUCGGCUGGCCCUUACCAGGUGUGGAGGCACGCCUCGUCGACAACGAGACGAGCACCAUCAUCACAGAUGAUCUCCCUCCUUUGGAAGACGGGAAGGAGCGCUCGGGCGAGAUCCAACUCCGAGGCGCAAAUGUGUUCAGGGAGUAUUGGGCCAACCCCACUGCCACGGCCAAGGAAUUCAUUCCUUCGGAUGAUGGCAAGGGGCCCUGGUUCAAGACUGGUGAUGUUGCGGUGCGCCGGCCCUCUACAACGGCUGGAACAGGCGUUAGUGGGGAAUGGGCACAAGGUCCGUUAUACUAUAUCCUGGGUCGCCAGAGCGCGGACAUUAUUAAAUCUGGAGGUGAGAAGGUAUCUGCUCUAGAAGUAGAGCGAGAACUUCUUUCGCUACCCGAGAUCUCGGAAGCAGCCGUUGUCGCUGUGCCAUCAGGCAAAUGGGGACAAAAGGUCGGCGCAGUGGUGAUUCACUCGCCCGGCUACCCCUCAUGGCGACCGUUGGAUAUGCGACGCGCGCUCAAGGGCCGCUUGGCUAAUUACAAGAUUCCCCAAGUCUUGAGAGUGGUCGAGCACAUCCCGCGAAACGCCAUGGGUAAGGUGAACAAGAAGAAUCUUCUACAAAAGGUCUUCUUGGAUGACUUCAGUGGUGAUGAAAUGUAAAGGGGACGGGAAUGAUAGAGGGUCGGGUUGUAAUGAUGUGGUUGGGUAAACUAUAUAGGUAUUUAUAAUCUCCCUGUUCUACGGGGACGUCGGCGGUAUUGUGAUUUUUGGAUAUGUUUAUAUGAACGAGAGGCGAAGCCGGACAUAAAGUCAGA